AUGGCUUCUAAUUCCUUCAACCUCGUGUUCCUCUUCAUCUUCCUCAGUUUCAUCAACUCUACAACCACUACCAAGGCACAGGACCCUCCCUCCAUGUACCUAUACUGCGAAGACAACACCACCAACACCACCUACCUAUCAAACCUCAAAACCCUUCUGGCCACACUAGCCAGCAAUGCCGCCGCCGGCACCACCUUCCACAACGACACAGUCGAAAACACCGUCUUCGGCCUCUUCAUGUGCAGGGGCGACAUGGUCCCUCCCCUCUGCGCGCACUGCGUCCAAAACGCCACCACCAAACUCUCCUCCCACCCCGAAUGCUCCCACUCCAAAAAGGGCGUAAUCUGGUACGACGACUGCAUGCUACGCUUCUCCAACGCCACCUUCUUCUCCACAAUCGCCACCGAACCCGCCUUCUUCGGCUUCAACAUCGCCAACGUCUCCACCAACGAAGCCACCUUCAACCGCCUCGUCUCCGCCGCCAUGAAGAAAACCGCCGCGGAAGCCGCCAACUCCGCCCAGGGGAACCUCUACGCGGCGACGCACAAGAGCGUGUCCCAAACCCAGACGCUGUACUGCAUGGCGCAGUGCACGCAGGACCUGGGGCGUGGAGAUUGCGCCACGUGUCUCUCGGACGCGGUGAAGAAGCUUCCUGCAUGCUGCGAAGGAAAGCAAGGAGGGAGAGUUUUGUUUCCAAGCUGCGACGUUAGAUACGAACUCUACCCUUUCUACCGCGACGGCUCGUUGACAGAAGACGGAAUCAUUCCCACAAUCGAGUUUCAUCAGUUUUCAGAAUCAUUACCACAAUCAGGAUACAUCUCUCACAACUGCUCCAACAACCAAAACGGCGUCGUCGACAACACCACCUUCAAUUCAAAUCUCAAAUCCCUCCUCUCUGCCCUAACCUCCAACGCCAGCAACGGCGUUGAGUUCCAAAUGCGCAUGGGAACGCUAUACGGUCUCUUCAUGUGCCGCGGCGACUUGCCACGCGCGGUUUGCGGAGAGUGCGUUAAAAACGCGUCGCAUGCAGUCCUCUCCGCGUGUGGUUUAUCGGAGGAGGGUAUAAUUUGGUACGACUACUGCUUGGUUCGUUACGCGUGUCGGGAUAUUUUGUCGAGAGUGGAGAGGAGUCCGAUGUUUAAGGAUGUGAAGGAGUCGGCGAAGGAUGUAGUGGAGACAGCGAUGAUGGAGUUAACGGUUGCGCUGUCGAAUAAGUUGGCGGAUAUGGCGAACCUGACAGGGGACAGCGGCGAGAGGUACCGGUCGGAGACGCUGAGUUUGAACAAUGAGCAAAAGUUGUACAUUGUGGCUCAGUGCACGAGGGAUUUGUCUAGCAGUGAGUGUGGGGGGUGUUUGAGUGAUAUGAUUGGAACGACGAUUCCUUGGCGUCGUUUGGGGGAUGCUCGUGGAAGGCUUUUGUAUCCAAGCUGUGUUCUCAGGUUUGAACCCUAUGAUUUUUUUUAUAAACUGCCUCUGGCCCCGCCACACCCGCAAAUUAUCACGCACCAUCCAGAAAGAAAAAGUUCGUCACGAACAAUUAUCUUGAUCAUUGUCGUUCCCACCGUUAUCAUUUCAGUGAUAAUGUUCUCUUUUGCCUCCUACUUGAUACGAAGAAAAGCAAAGCAUUGCAAAGCCAUUCUCAAAGAAAAUUUUGGAGAUGAAAGUAAUAUUGUAGAGCCACUGCAAUUUGAUUUGACUAUAAUCAAAGCAGCAACCAAUAAUUUUUCAUAUGAGAACAAGAUUGGUAAGGGUGGAUUCGGAGAAGUUUACAAGGGCUUUCUUAUUGAUGGAAGACAUAUUGCAGUAAAAAAGCUUUCAAGAACUUCUAGACAAGGUGCAGCAGAGUUUAAAAAUGAAGUUUUAUUAAUAGCAAGACUUCAACAUCGAAAUCUCGUGGAAUUCAUUGGAUUUUGCCUAGAUGAGGAAGAAAAAAUACUUAUCUAUGAAUACGUGUCAAACAAGAGUCUGAACUACUUCUUAUUUGAUACUCAUGAGCUGCAAAAAGAAUUCAGUUGGUCUAAGCGUCACAACAUUAUAGGAGGGAUUGCUCGAGGAAUUCUUUAUUUACAUGAAUAUUCUCGACUUAAAGUUAUACAUCGUGAUCUUAAACCUAGUAACAUAUUAUUAGAUGAAAAUAUGAAUCCAAAGAUUUCAGAUUUUGGUCUUGCUAGAAUUGUUGAAAUAGAUCAACAAGAAGGAAAUACAAACAGAAUUAUUGGAACGUAUGGGUAUAUGUCUCCAGAAUAUGCAAUGCUUGGACAAUUUUCUGAGAAAUCGGAUAUUUAUAGUUUUGGAGUUAUGGUUUUAGAGAUUAUUACUGGACAAAAGAAUGCCGGUUCAUAUGAAUUAUACAAUGUUGCUGAUGGUCUUUUAAGUUUGGUUUGGAGACAAUGGAUGGACCAAACACCAUUGAACAUAUUGGACCCAAAGUUGAGAGAAAAUUAUUGCAAAAUGGAAGUCGUUAAAUGCAUUCAGAUUGGUUUAUUAUGUGUUCAAGAAAAUCCAGAUGCGAGACCUACAAUGUUAGAAAUUGUUUCAUAUCUUAGCAAUCACUCGAUUGAAUUGCCAUCUCCACUAAAACCAGCGUUUAUUUUACGUAGUAAAAUGAAUCCAAAAGUAGUUGCACAUGAAUCAAGUUCUAGCCAAUCUGCCAAUAAUUCUAUACCAUUCUCUAUCAAUGAGAUGUCAAUAAGUGAAUUUUAUCCUCGAUAGAAAUUUAUUUUGUAUUUGAAUUUAUCUAGUAAUGUCUUUAAUUUUGUAAUAAAAAUUCACUUGGUACCUUUAUCGAUAGAUAUAAAAUUAUGAAGUAUAUUUUAUUUUAU